UGUUGUUCAGGUGCCUCAGAGGAGUCUUUACCAUCUCCGUAACUACAGAUGCGUUACACCCAUUCUCUGCCUCUCCAGAGAGAAAGCAAGGGAGGAGUGGUGUCACUCCCACCUGUUCACUCCUUUCCGUGAAAACCAUCUUCACAUGAGAGACAGAGAGAAAACAAGAGACGCAGGUAACGGCUCUUCACCGAUCUGACAGUCAGUCACUCACUCAGGGAUUUACAGAAUCUACAAAACUCACACAUUUCAUUAAAGGUGUCAUAUCCGUCCAAUCAAAAUGGGCUGCUUUGGAUUUUUGAAAACGAUGAUGUUUAUCUUCAAUGGGAUCAUCUUUCUGGCAGGAGCAGCUAUUCUAGGUGUGGGGAUCUGGGUGAAGGUGGACAGUGGAUCUAUCCUGGGUUUUCUGCAGAAUAUACCAGGAGCUUCACUUCAGCUGGGACAGGUCUUGAACGUGGGAUACCUCCUGAUCGCGGUGGGCGCUGUGCUGGUCAUCCUGGGCUUCCUGGGCUGCUGUGGAGCGGUCAGAGAGAGCAGGUGUAUGCUGCUGCUGUUCUUCAUCAUUAUUUUGAUAGUCUUCAUUGCUGAAGUCGCUGGAGCGAUUGUGCUUCUGGUCUUUAAGCCUCUGGCAGAAAACCUUAUAAAGCAAUUGGGAGAUGAAGUUGUGAAAAGCAUCAGAAAAGAAUAUGGGAAAAACGCAGAUCUUACUGGACUAUGGAACACGACUAUGACAGGGCUGAAUUGCUGUGGAUUCAACAACUAUACAGAUUUCACAAAUUCUUACUUUGUGAACGAAACCAAGAAUUACCCAUUUCAGUGCUGUACUGUAGCUCCCUGCAGUGAGGCCACAGUUAUGAAUUCGACUAUAUUAGGUUGUUUCCCAAAACUGAAGACGCGGGUAGAUGAGAAUGCAGUUAUCAUCAUAGCUGUAGCAUUGGGCAUCGCUGCUCUUGAGCUUGCGGCGAUGAUUGUGUCCAUGACCCUGUAUUGUAAAAUAGGGUCUAAAGUUGAUUAAUGUCUCACUUUAACUUAAAUAUCUCUCUGAUGACUCCUCUGUUACUGAGGAUGAAGUGGAUCAUCUAUCUAAACAAGAUCACUGUGACUUCUUCAACCAUUUUCAAAUGUAUCAAACAGUUUGACUUUUCAAGUCUUUGUGGAUAUGAAUGUAAAGUAAAUUCAGACAGUUAAGCCUAAAAUUUGAGAGUUUUGAAAGAUCCCAUUUUUACUAUAGUUGUGUUAAAAUAAGCUAUCUUAGCUGUUUUAAUGCUUACAUAUAUAUAUAUAUAUAUAUAUAUUUUUUUUUUUUUUUUUUUUUUUUUUUUUUUUUUUUACUUUGCCUAUGCAAUGUUUUCUUAUUUAAAAACAAAAUGCUUUGUUUAAUCGCAUAACACCCAUGGCAUUAUUUUGUAAUUAUGAACACACUGAAAGAUUUUCCUACUGUCGUUAUAUGUGCAAUGACCAAAAAAAAAAAGGCCAAAUGUUUUCUAUCAAAUGUUGCUGAUUGUAAUUUAUUGUAAACUUUUUACAAACCAUUUCAAAUGUGCCUGUUCAUAAUAAAGCACAAUGUUUUAUCUUUAAAGUCUGUGUAUAGACUUUAAAAAAUGGAUUAUAUCUAAAAUAUUCAUGUAAAAUGUUUAUUUUGAAAAUAAUUAUAAAGGCAAUAUUUUGA